GGGGCCGGGCUCACAGCGCAGCUGGCGGCGGGUCGGUGCGGGGCCGGUGCGGGAAAGGGGCCGAUUCCUGUAGGACAGAGACCGGGACACGGACCGGCGGCGAUGCUGCCCCUGCUCUUGCUGCUGGGGGCUGCGGCCAUCCAGGGGGGCUACGCCAACCCAGGCCCAGACCCGCACUCGCUGCGCUAUUUCUUCACGGGGGUGUCGGAGCCCGGCCCGGGGCUGCCCCCGUUCAUCACAGUCGGGUACGUGGACGAUCAGCUGUUCAUGGACUACAGCAGCGAGCGGGGCAGCGCGGAGCCACGCGCGGAGUGGAUGGCGCGGAGCGAGGGGCCGGAGUACUGGCAGCGGGAGACGCAGGGCUUACAGGGCUGGCAGGCCCAGUUCCGGGUGGACCUGAACACGCUGCGCGGGCGCUACAACCAGACCGGGGUUCACACGCUCCAACUGACGUACGGCUGUGAGCUCCGGGCUGACGGCUCCAAAGGGGGUUUUUACCAGUUUGCCUACGACGGGCGCGACUUCCUCAGCCUGGAUAAGGACCGGGAGACCUGGGUGGCGGCAGAUGACGCAGCUCGGAUCACCAAACACAAAUGGGAUGCUGACAGGAGCUUCACUCAGGGAGAGAGAGCUUACCUGGAGCAGACCUGCAUCGAGUGGCUGGGGAAGUACCUGGAGUACGGGAAGGAGACGCUGCAGAGGAGAGAGCCACCGCAGGUGCACGUGAGCGACCGGCCGAGCCAGGAUGGGCUCACCACCCUCUCCUGCCGGGUCCACGGCUUCUACCCGCGGAACGUGGCCGUCGUGUGGCUGAAGAAGGGGGUGGCCGUGCCGCAGGAGACGCUCCAGUGGGGGGUGGUUCCCAGCGGGGACGGGACCUACCAGACCCGGGCCACCAUUGAGAUCGACCCCAGCAGUGAGACCGAUUAUACCUGCUGUGUGGAGCACCCCAGCCUGACUGCGGAUCUGAGAGUGCCCUGGGGGUCCAAGUUCAACGUGAUGCUGAUCGUGGGUGUUGUUAUCGGGGUUCUUGUGCUGGUCGCUGCCAUCGUUGGAGCCGUUGUCUUCCUCAGGAAGAAGAGAGACGGCUACAAAGCGGCUGCAGCUCACGAUGGCUCUGCCAGCUCCGGAAGCAACCAGGGAUCGGACACCCGUGUCAACGCGUAACGGAGCCCAUUGGCCCCUGCGCAGCCGGCUGGGGGGAUCCCAGACCAAGGAGAGACGGGAGCAGAUCAGACUCCUGGGAAUGCAACAGCUCAUCAGCACCUUCCGCCUUCUGCUUAAAGCCCUUUGCCUUGAUUGUACCCAAGCUAAACACCCACCUGUGAGAGAAUUGAACUUUCCUUGGCUGCAGACUGGCUGGGAUGGUCGGGGUCGCUUAUUAUUUGAUUUCUACAGAACUGUCUUGUUUUUGAAAAAAUGAAAACUUGUAUCGCUGAAGAUCUGGUUUGUAUAGAAAAAUAACCAGGGUUGGCUGGACUGAAUUGUUAGCGUAGGGCUGUACCCAGCACACACUGUUCUGUUCGCUUGGAUUGUAACUUAGCCCCCGUUUUCUGUUUCUGUGAUUACGGUAUUCAGAUGUUCUUCUUUUUGCUACUGCAGCUUCCUGUGUAAUGGGAUAAAUCCUGCUGUCAGGGCGCUGGUCACUCCGGGGUAAGGCCUUGUCUACAUGGCGAUUUGCACCGGUGUAACUACAACGGUGUGAAUUUAAAGUGCGCUAGUUAAAUGCCUGUGUGGACACACUUAGUCUGGUGUAAGACAGGGCUUGUUUUGAUUUAAACUGAUUCCCAAGUGACUCAAGAGACACCAGAAAAAGCCUCCUCUCCUACCAGAAUCAGCGUCCGCUCACUGAUCUGGUGCACGUUUGCGUGUAGACAAAGCCUAAGCUGGCGCCGAUUCUGCUCCCAAAUGGGAUGAUUUUGUGUGUGACGGGUGUAAUUUUUUUUGCUUAAGAUUUUAAAAAGAGUUUUAAAUAGUAACGUUAUAUCUCUUGGUGAUUUUCAUUUGACACAAUAAAUGUCGGUUUGGGGUUUUAAUCUCU